CUAAAACUCGGUAAAGUUCUACGUGCACAACUUUUUCUUCAGCUUUGCCCACCCGCUUCGUCUCCAGCUUUCUAUUUAAACCAUGGCUGCCCAGGCAACAUUCAAAAGCAUCAGGGCUGUUGUUCCUCUGCUCGACCGUGUGUUAGUCCAGCGAUUCAAGCCUGAAACUAAAACAGCCUCUGGGAUAUUCCUACCCUCCUCAUCGACCACUACGCCCUUACCCGAAGCAACUGUGAUUGCCGUUGGCCCUGGAGCGCCUAACAAAGAUGGAAAUGUAGUUCCUACUCAGGUAAAGGCUGGGGACCGGGUGUUGCUUCCUGGUUGGGGAGGGAAUUCGAUUAAAGUAGGGGAUGAGGAAUACUAUUUGUUCAAGGAUGCAGAGAUCCUUGCAAAGAUCCAGGAGUGAUUAGUUGGACGGCACCGCUAUGAGUCCAAGUACCGCAGCAUUAUAUACGCUAAUCCUUUUUAUAUGUGAUCUUACGCACUAUCGCAAUAUAUCUGCACGUAUCCCCGCUCAAACUUAGUUCCGAGGCUAUUGUGAAAUGCGGCAGAGGUGAGUUCUCGGUAAUGGAUGUGAUAGGUGGGGUUUGGGGACUUUACCUAGGGACGGUGGCACACAUGUUGGUUCCUUGACUCGUGUCCUGCCAUGCUUGAUUUAUAUGAUGAAAGAGGUUCGGGCACACUGUCGGCCUUCGAAACACAUGUGCAGCAUGACUGACUCGGAAGCGUGAUGUGGUACUAACGUAGAGGGGCCUUAGUGAUACGGCCGGCCGUGCUAAUAGAUG